UGCCAAAUUGUGGCCAUGAAUGACAAUAUCAAUUAUACCUAAUAUAACAAUCAAACCCAACAGGAAACAGAUUAGAGAAAAAGAAACAAAAAUAAAAAAGACAAUCAUAAAAGUAAAAUACCAACCACCAUAAAACAAAAUCAGAAACCAUGUAACCGAAUCACCUCCAUGAAAAUAAACAAAUAAAAUAGACACUCCUCAAAAAAAAAAACACACCCCAAAGAAAAUGGGUCGUAAAAGCAAACGAUUACGAGCCCAAUUGUAUCAAUAUGCCUGCGAUGAAGCUGGUUCCUAUUCCAAUAUUACGGACUGGAACCCACCCAUUCCCCCGCCAGGAAGACCAGCGCUUUGGGCUCAGCUAACCAAAAAGCAGCUGAUAACAUGCGUGGUGGUGGGAGUGUGCUGUGUGGGAGCCAUUGCCGUGGGCCUCGGCGUUGGUCUCCCCAGGCUGAACUCCGAACCUACAGUCAAACAGGAGUCCAAACCACCUAUAGCAGUGGCAAAUCCAGCACAGCCCAAAGCUCAGGGCCAGUUUGAAUCCUGGGGAGAGAGCAAGGAUGGCUCCUAUUAUGAGGCCACAGAACCUCCUCCGUCAGAGACAGAGCUUGGAAAAUUUGACAAGGCUGCGGUUAGCUCCGAUGGCACGCCGUGUGCGCAGAUUGCUACGGAUAUACUGAAGAGGAACGGCUCAGCAGCAGAUGCAGCAGUAGCGGGACUAUUCUGCGUGGGCGUCAUCAACACUCAGUCUAUGGGUCUCGGGGGCGGGUUCCUCAUGACCUACUACGACCGGUCGACAGGAAAGGCCUACUCUCUGAACGCCAGGGAGAGCGCACCCUCGGAAGCUUAUGAGGACAUGUAUGGUGGGAACGGGGAAUUGGCGCAGAAAGCUAAGGGAAAAUGGUGGGCAUCAAAAGAUCCCAGUUUGAAAGGAGGGCUUGCCGUGGCUGUCCCUGGAGAGCUCCGGGGAUACCGUGAAUUGUACGAGAGAUUUGGUGGAAAUUUGCCGUGGGCUGAGCUCCUGGAACCCACCAUCAAGCUCUGUGAAGAAGGGCAUCUUGUCAACUGGCAUAUGGCACGUGCUCUGAAGUUUAACGCAGAGGAUAUCAAGAAGGAACCAAGCAUGAGCGUAUUUAUUAACCCGGAGACAGGCGAUGUGUACAAGGAGGGGGACACGCUGAAGAGGCCCCAGCUUGCAAAGACCCUGAGAGACCUGCAGGAGGAUCCCGAUGCCCUAUAUAGUGGUCAGUUGGCAGCUAAGCUCGCUCAGGAUAUCCAGAGCUUUGGGGGCAUUGUCACUGAGGAGGACCUCAGGAUGUACAACUUUGGUGCAGGAAUCCGCUCUGUCCAAACCGGCAUAGUCCUCAAUGAUGAAAUGGACGACUUCUCGGCCCCAAACAUCACCAAUUACUUUGGAAUUCCUCCUUCGCCUGCCAACUUCAUUAGGCCAGGCAAGCGGCCACUGUCAUCCAUGUGUCCAGCAGUGUUCGUCGACUCAAUGGGCGACGUGCGUUUGAUCAUAGGUGCCGCGGGGGGAACCAAGAUUUCCUCUGGCGUGGCCUGGGCAUCUCUUCGUAACCUUUGGCUUGGGGAUAACGUCAAGGAAGCUGUAGAUGCUCGCCGAAUCCACCACCAGCUCUUCCCCAUGAAAUUCAGCUACGAGCAAGGAAUCCUGCCGAAAAUCGUUGAAGGCCUCACAGCCAUUGGACACAUAACAGAAGAGUUUGGCGUCGGAGGAUCUGUGAUUUGUGCCAUUGCAAGGGGAAACGAUGGGAAAAUUUAUGCCAACUCUGAUUUUAGAAAAGCAGGCGAAGUAGAUGGGUUUUAAAUUUACAAAUUUUUAAUUAAAAAACAACAAUAAGAAAACACAAUUUUUAGCUGUAGAACUAUUGCAAAAAUGUUAUAUAUAGUAGUAAAAUCCUUCAGUUUUUAGCUGUUUUAAAGGUUUCUUAGAUUUUUCAUGUGUUUUACUUAAUUGUUUCAAUUUUAAAUAGAAUUCUCUCAUCAGUGUUUUUUUUUUUUCCCAAGAUAUCAUAUAUUUUAGCUUACUUUUAUUUAAAUAUAAAAUUGUUGCUCAGUAUAUUCUAUGUCAAUUUUCUGUAUAGAAUAAUAUUAUAUUGCAAUACUUGAACAGAUAUUAACAGGUGAUUUUAUUGAUAGAGAAUAUGCUUGUGUUAUUUUAAGUGCUGAUAUGAAUUUGUUUUAUAUGCGGUAGAUGCAGAUAUUUAUAUUAGUAGUACAAAAAUACCUACACCUUCUUAUACAUUCUUCAAGCAUUUAAAAGACUUGACAGAUUGGCAAAUAUUGAAGUAUGUGCAGGUUCAUAGAUUAUGCAUUUUAGGCAUUCAUGCAACCUGCUUACUUGCAUUUAUUUUGGACUUAUUUUUUUUGCACAGGUCAUUUCAUACGGAACGCACAGGCAUUGUUAUGUAUGAGAGCGCAUGUACGUGUGUGCACAAACACGCACACCCACCCACACACACACACACACACACACACACACACACACACACACACACACACACACACACACACACACACACACACACACACACACACACACACAUACACACACACACACACACACACACACACACACACACA